UUAACUUUUUGGAUUCAAUAGGAAAGCAAGAAUUUCUAUGCACUUUCCAUGUCAACUCAUGUAUGCACAUGUGCAUCUACAUAACCAUGCAUGUAUGAAUGCAUGGUCCCUUUCUCACAAAGUCAACCCCCUAACAUGUCACCUAAACUUCGACUUCAUUUCAUCAUUUUCUAGCUAAAAGACAAAAUAACAACCUACGUGUACAUGCAUGCAUCCAUACGUACAUAAACAAGUGUCCGAAAUGAACACGUCGACACCAAAUACGUUUGACUUAUAACAUGUCACAUUUCAGCUCCUACCCUAAAUGACGUGUAUAUAAAAAGCUCAUCUUUAUGAUUAUUAGUGUCUUAUAAUACAGUUCAUUGCCAGCUCCUGUUUCCUUUGACCCUGUUUUUAAGGAAGGAACUGUCCAAGGUGUUGGCUAGGUAGCAACUGAGAAUGGGACGAGCUCCAUGCUGUGAUAAGAAUGGCCUGAAAAAGGGUCCAUGGACUCCUGAGGAAGAUCAGAAGCUUGUUGGCUAUAUUCAAAUUCAUGGGCCUGGGAAUUGGCGUACUCUUCCUAAAAAUGCUGGACUUCAAAGAUGUGGGAAAAGUUGUAGGCUUCGGUGGACUAAUUACCUGAGACCUGAUAUUAAGAGAGGGAGGUUUUCUUUUGAAGAGGAAGAGACUAUAAUCCAAUUGCAUAGUGUCUUGGGAAACAAAUGGUCAGCGAUAGCUACUCAUUUACCUGGAAGAACAGAUAACGAGAUCAAGAACUACUGGAAUACUCACAUUAGAAAAAAACUCCUUCGAAUGGGAAUCGACCCUGUAACCCACACUCCACGAAUCGAUCUUCUCGACCUAUCCUCCAUCAUCGCCACUGCCAUCCGCAGCCACCCAAUCCUCGGUCUCUCAACCUUAUUAAACAACCAAGCUCAAGCUCUAAACCCUGAAUCUCUAAGGCUAAUUUCCACCCUCUUAGCCCUCAAACAAGAAAGAGACCCAAAUGCCAACAAUUCCCAACUCCAAAAUCAAGAACAUGCUCAAAUUCAAGCUCAAAUGGACACAUUAUCACAACUCUUACAACCCAACGAGGAAUUCAAUAAUAACACAAACUCUUCAAUGAUACCCAUCACAAACUUCGUUGAGUGCUCAAAUUCUCAAGAAAAUAUGAAUUUCUUAGCUUCAAAUUUGAGUGGUGAUGAUGUUUUGAUGAACCAAGUAAAUGAUGUGUACGAUGAUGGCUCGCAACCUAAGGCUUCAGAUUUACCAGAAAUUACAAAUGAUCUUCAGAAUUCUUCAUCUACUUGCAUGAACAACAGCAGCAAUGAGGAUGAGAGAGACAGUUUUUGUAGUAAUUUUUUGCAGUUUGAAAUUCCUCAAGGUUUGGACUUUGAUGAUUUCAUGUAAUUUUUUUUUUUGAAUAUUUAGGGUA